AUGCCCGCCCGGAGUCGCGAGAGCCGGCCCGCGCCCAAGUCGACAAAGGAGAAGCGAGAUGACGAUAUUAUGUUGACCAAUGACAGCAGCAUAGUUUCUAAGCAGAGCGUUGUCAAAAUCUACCACAGUGAUCAACCAGAUCUCUUUGCCCCAUUCGUUGCCAAGUCUCUGCGACGGAGCCCGCUCAUCAACAGGGGCUACCUGCUGCGCAUACGAGCAAUCGAGAAAACCGUCACCGAUUUCCUCAGCCAACCCAUCGAGAAGAACAAAGUCGUGAUCAACCUCGGCUGUGGAUAUGACCCUCUGCCCUUCCAUUUCCUCUCCCGCCAGGCCGAGCUGUGCGCCGGCGCAACAUUUGUCGAUGUCGACUAUCCACAACUCAUGCACAAGAAAAGGGCAUGCAUUUCAAACAGUACAGCUCUGCAGGAACUUCUGCCAGUCCUGACCAGUGGCGUUUCAGACGGCCCGGAUGUCUGGCGAGCUGGCCAAUAUCUCACUGUCGGGUGUGAUCUUCGCAAGCUUUCCGAACUUGAAGCUACCUUGAAGAAAGAAGUCCAGGUCCAUGACUGCGCCAUUCUCUUCAUCGCCGAGGUCUCUAUAGCUUAUAUGGACGUUGAAGGCGCCGAUGCAGUGGUCUCAUGGGCAAGCACAUUCAAAGAUGCUCGGUUUUGUAUUCUCGAGCAGUGUCUUCCAGAAGGACGAGGCCAUCCUUUUGCCUUCACUAUGCUAGGUCAUUUCGACAAGCUUCACGCCCACCUCAAGGUUGUUCACCAGUAUCCCAAACCGGAAGAUCAAGAAGCCAGGUUCCGCAGUGCUGGAUGGGCAUCAGCUACAGCACGCACGCUCUGGGAGCUCUGGGGAGAUGACGAAUUCCUUCCGUCCAACCAACGUAGGAAGUUAGACCUUAUCGAGCCCUUUGAUGAGUGGGAGGAGCUUGCAUUGCUUGGCGGCCAUUAUCUCCUCCUAGUUGCGUCAACGACCACAUCCACACCUAAGGCAAACGACUCCCAAGUCCAGAUGCAACACGCAAAUGCCAAGCUGAGCAUCCAGCCUGUUCCACGUGAGGGUGGUGAAAGCACUCUCCGGCGUUUCGGUGCUGUAUAUUCGCUUGGGAACAAAGUCAUCUACCACGGAGGCUACGGAGAGAGAACUCGACUGGGCGACUGUGACACAUACACGGCCGACGCCACCUACGCGGGAAAAUUGGAGCUACAGCCCGGCAAACCCGGUGCAAUAAUGUGCCAGACCAUCACAAACGUGGCCUCCGGCGAUGACCUCUUCCUCCUUGCCGGCGGCCGAGAGUCCCCCAGCAAAGCCGUGGCUGGCACCUGGCUUGUGACGUCAACCGGCCGUUCCAUCAGCGCAGACAGUUUCAACGCGGACCGUGUCUUCAACGGCCGCUACCGACACUGCGCGGUGCCGGUGUUGGUCGACAACAAAAGCGACGCACCCGGCGUUCUCAUCUACGGCGGCAAGUCCGACGCCAGGACCGUGCUGGGGGACUUCUUACUCUUCAACCUGAAGAAACAGUCCUGGUCCGUCGUGCCAUGCGUUGGAUCCGAACAGGGUCGCGGCAUACCGCCAGCGCGGUUCGGCGCAAGCAUGUGCCAGUCAGAGCAGUCCACCUCGCUCGGACAGCAAUCGGGCAUCCUCAUGGGUGGCAUUUGCGAGGACGGAACCAUCUUAAACGACGUCUGGGAGUGGACCCUGAGCUGGGAUCAAGCCGGCAGUCCGGCCGUCAAGUGCGUCGAAAGGACGAGAGAAAUGGGGCUCACCGGGGCGGCGGCGGCACCGUUCGCAAGAUUCGGCGCAGCCAUCAUUCCCCUCUCAAAUCACUUCUUGCUGGUAGGAGGUGUGACGAAAGACCGCAUCCUUGGCUGGGACGAAGAGAUGCUCCUUGUCUCGCUGGGCGCCGAGCGCUGGAUCAGACGCGUCCAGAUGCCCGCCUGUCCCAGCCCACGACCACUUUUCGUUGGCGUCGGGGUCGCGAAAGCCGGCGAGAGGAUAGUUCUGGUCGGCGGAGGAGCAGUCUGCUUUUCCAUGGGAAGCUUCUGGAACAAGAAGAGCUACAGCCUGCGCCUGGACUACGAGCAAAAAAUGCCGUCGUCACCGGGACCAAUUAAUGGAACGGAUGAGACAACGGAACAGCAGCCGCUGCGUCAGGCGAACGGCACCACGCAAAACAGCACAACGGCCCCAGCAGCGGAAAGGCCUGAAGCUAGCCCUUCUCCACCGGUCAAGCAAAUCGAACGCACCGCCGCCGUGCGGACUAAAGAAGACUUCGCCGCCAUCGUCGCUGCCGGUCAGCCCGCCAUCCUCACCGGCCUCGACAUCGGGCCGUGCGUGGACCGCUGGACUCCCGAGUACCUUGCCCCCCGCAUCGGCGUCGCCGCCGACGCCGGCGCCACCGAGUCGAGCUCAACGUCGUCGUCGAUGUCGACGACGACGACGAUGACGACGCGCCUCUCCACGGCCAUCGCGUCGGACUUCCGCCUACCGGAGGCCCUCGACAUUGCUGCUGCUGCCGACAACAACAACAACAACAACAACAACAACAACAACAACAGCCCCAACCCCCCACUCCUCCUCCACAUCUCCUCCCCAUCCGCGCGGCCGUCGUCGUCGCCAGCUCGGCUGCGCCACGACGCGCGAGCCAGCAUCCGGUGCCAGAUCCGCGGGGCGCCGCAGCGCGUGCGCCUGUUCCCGCCCGGCGACGUCGCGCUGCUGGCCUACCCGCCCGGCGCGUGCGAGGCUCGCAUGCCGGACGACGUCUGGUCGGCGAGCGGGGCGCAUCCGCACGUGGCGGUGUUGCGCGCGGGGGAUGUGCUGUUCGUUCCGCCGGCGUGGAGCCACCACCACGCAGAGGGCGAGGGCGGCGGCGGCGGCGGGGAUGUCAGUGUGGCGGUGGAGGUGUUUUGGCGGACGCUUGGGGGGGAUGUGUAUGGUGAUGAGGACGUUGUUGUGGCGUAUGAGGAGGGGAGGAAGGCGGUGGAUGAGAUUGUGAAGGGGUUCGAUGGGGUGCCGAGGGAUCUGCGCGCGUUCUAUUUGGAGAGGUUGGCGCGGGAGUUGAGGGAGAAGGCUGAUGAGGGGGGGAUGGAGGUGUGA